UUGUUUGGAUUCGCAACAACUUUCAUUCAGUCUCCCGCCAGCCGCCACGACGUCGCGCACUCCUCCACACCAAAUGUGCGAAAACGGACGAGAAAAUGGAAAAACAGCGACACCCUUCGAGGAAGCCCUCACGAAAAGUGGCAACGGCAUCUACAACAUCGGCCUCGUCUGCACCUGUUCCCUGAUCCUGCUGGGGGUGGGGUGCGACCUGUUCGGGUUCACUCUGGUGGUGCAGGCGGCUUGUGACCUGGACAUCACGCUGGCGCAGAAGGGCAUCCUCACCUCACUGCCUUAUGUAGGUAUCCUGCUAGCAUCGUACUUCUGGGGCUACAUCUCGGACACGCGCGGGCGCCGGCUCACCCUCAUGCUGUCCAUGCCCGCCGGCUUCCUGCUCUCCUGUGCCAGCUGCUUCUCGACUAAUUGGCUGCUGCUGGCCAUGAUCAAGUUCUUUGCUACUGCUUUCGCCUGCGCAGCCAACUCGGCGGCCUACACGCUGGUGGGCGAGUCGUGCGCGCUGCGCGUGCGCAACAAGUACAUGCUGCUGAUGACGUGCUUCCUGCUGUUCUCGCCCGCCGCCGCCGCUAUCCUGGCAUUCCCGGUGUUAAAACUGGACUUCGCGUCUCCGAUCCCGUGGCUCGGCAUCGUGUUCAGACCCUGGCGGCUGCUUUGCAUUAUCCUGGCACUACCGUCAGGGUUGGGGGCCCUCGCCAUCUACUUCUUCUACGAGUCGCCCAAGUUCCUCGCCAACACUGGCCAGAAUGAGGCAGCCCUGGAGGUGCUGAAGAAGAUGUACGCGAUUAAUAAUCGAGAGGAUCCAGAAGAGUUUAAGGUGUCAUCCCUCCAGCUCCCGGAGUACUUCAACGCGGGCAAGGAGCGCUCGCUGCUGCACAACCUGUACGAGCAGAGCGCGCCGCUGUUCCGGCCACCCUUAGUGAAGCGGACUGCACAGCUGUUCUAUAUCGUCUUUGUGGUCUAUAUCACUAACAACAGCUUCCUGACCUGGCUGCCCCUCAUCAUGGACGAGUUGAGGACAGCGCUGGAGCACCACCAGGGGAACCCCGGCAACCUGUGCGCGCUCAUCACUAGCCACCGCCCGGUCAGCAAUGUCACCGUGGAGUCGACCGGCUUUGAUAAUACCACUACUGCUAUACCAACCCUCUGCGAAGGCGCAGUGAAGGACGACUCCCUCUUCACCCUCAUGGCGUCUCAAACAAUAUUCGCCAUCCUCAACUUCCUCCUCUCCCAGCUCCCCAACCAUCGGAAGGCCGUGCUAAUAACGAUCCUAUCCUCGUCGGCACUGAGUGGAAUAUUGCUUAACCUGAUGCCGGAGCCGAUAUCCAGCGUGAUUUUCUUCAUGGUGCUGACCUGCACGUGUUUGGGAAUGGGGAUCUUGGCGUCUUACUUUGUUGAUCUCUUUCCUACUUCGUAUAGGGGCAUGGUGGCGUGCCUGAGCAUCAUGGUGGGCCGCAGCAGCACGUUCGUGGGCAUCAACGUGGUGGGAAACCUGCUGUUCACCCGCUGCAGCCUCACCUUCUACCUGUGGUCGCUGCUCGUCGCAAGUGGAGUAGUAGCAGCGUGGUUCCUACCUCCAGACAAGCCUCCAGAGAGAGAAGAAACUAGACUUUAAAUACACAAGUUUAUAAAAAAAAGGUGUAAAAUAGCUUCUAGACAAUUAUCCUCUUAGUGCAGGAUAGGAAUGUCUGAAAACCGUUGUGAUAGGCUAGUUGGACUGAAGAUGCUUGCAGUUGAGAACGAAUACGGAUUGUAUAGUGCCAUUACAGUAAAUAUAUUUUUAUUUUAUUUAAGUAGUAUAUUAUCUUGAUCUCAUAUCCGCAAAUACAUAUAUUGCCAUACGCUUUGUAGAUAAGCAACUUGAUCGAAGAGACUUUAGAACUUUCAAAAUAUGAGGCAACGCGUUGAUGUCUUUUGUAUGAAGAAUUUAUUAAAUGCUACGAGAUUGAUAGCACGGCUAUGUAAGACCAUCCAAAUGGAAAAUAAUAAGUAUACAUUUAUAUUUACCUACUUACAUGUAAUACAUAAGAACUUUAUUUUAAAUAAAAUCAUACCGUUAUUAAAAAUA